UUUUCAAAUUACAAUUUGAUUAAUAGCACGUCAUAUUAAAGAUAUAAACAUGAAGAUUCUCAUAGCUGGACAAAUCAUAUUAUUACUGUUCUGCAAAAUUCAUGGUGAACCGUUAGAAUGGUGGAAAACCAUGUCUCUCUAUCAAAUCUAUCCAAGAAGCUUCAAAGACAGUGAUGGCGAUGGAGUUGGAGAUCUUAAAGGUAUUUUAAGCAAAUUUCAACAUGUGAUUGAUUCCAAAUUCGAUGCCAUUUGGUUAUCUUCUAUCUACUCGAGUCCAAUGAAGGACUUUGGUUACGAUGUGACCAACUACCGGGGAAUAGAUCCCAUUUACGGGACGAUGAAGGACUUUGAAAAUCUACUCAAUAAAGCUCACAGUUCAUCGAUCAAAGUUAUCAUGGAUUUCGUGCCUAAUCAUAGUUCCAACAAACACGAGUGGUUCCAAAAAAGUGUUAAAAAAGUAGAACCCUACACAGACUACUACGUUUGGCAUCCUGGCAAAAUGGUGAAUAGAACUCGUCAGCCACCAAAUAACUGGGUCAAUGCCUACUACGGAUCAGCAUGGACUUGGAACGAGGAGAGACAGGCAUAUUAUUUGCAUCAGUUUUUACCAGAACAACCUGAUUUAAACUACCGCAACGAAAAAGUUGUCGAAGAAAUGAAGAAUGUCUUGAGAUUUUGGUUGGACAAAGGAGUAGAUGGCUUUCGCGUGGACGCAGUGCCACACCUCGUAGAAGCCAAGGAAUUGUUGGACGAACCUCUAACCGGUACAACCAAUGAUUCCAAUAGCUAUGAAUACACCGUUCAUAUUUACACAACCAAUCAAUUGGAAACAUAUGAGAUGGUGCGACAGUGGCGAAACGUGAUCGACGAAUACAAGAACAAAAGCCCACGUGUCCUCAUGUUAGAAAUAUACGGUGAUCCUAAAGAGACUAUGGAUUAUUAUUGUUACGGAGCAAGCUUUCCUUUUAAUUUUCGUUUCAUUUUUACAAACCAAAACACCACUGCUGAACAGUACAGAUAUUUGAUUGACGAAUGGAUGGAUCACAUGCCUAUUGGAUCCACAGCCAACUGGGUGGCUGGAAAUCAUGACAACACUAGAAUUGUUUCGAGCCAUGGUUGCGAUUUUGCUCCAGUCGUAACAACGAUGGUUCAGCUACUUCCAGGAGUAGCUGUCACUUACAACGGCGAGGAGAUCGGUAUGGAAGAUACGAUUCUGUCGUGGCAGGAGACCAAAGACUCCCAAGCCUGUAGGGUCGGGGAAAAGCUUUUCAGCAGUGUGACUCGUGAUCCUGCCAGAACCCCCUUCCAAUGGGAUUCCUCGGUAUCAGCUGGAUUUUCAACAAAUCCAAAACCUUGGCUGCGAGUUCAUGAAAACUACAAGAAAAUUAACCUAGCAGCACAAAAAGCCGUUGAUAAAUCAUAUUAUAAGUCCUUCGUAAAAGUCACCAAUCUUAGAAAAUUACCAGUUAUAAAAAUAGGAUCGUUUGGGUCCAUGAUGCUGAGUGAUAAUGUGUUUGCUUUUUCGAGAGAUCUUAAUGGUGAAAAAUCGAUUUACGUUGUAAUAAAUGCUGGUUAUGAAGCAGAAACCGUAGAUUUGAAAAAAUACGAUGAUACACUGGAUAAAGUAAAACUGUAUACGGCCUUGCCUGUAUUCAAAGAUGUCAAAGAUGGAGAAAUUAUGGAAUCACAGAAACUGCAUGUAAAUGCUCGAAGUGCAUAUAUUUUCACUGCUGUUGACUAAAUAUGAAGGCCAAUUAUUUU